UCUCACCUCUCACCUCGCCCCUCCCCAGCGUGGCGCCAGCAGUGCGGUCCACAGCGUGGCAACGGACCCCAGUAAAUGUCCAUGCCCUAUGAUUGUUCACAGUCCUCACUGAUCCCCUCGUAACCUCACACCUCUCUCCACCCCUUCGCUCGCACCUCUCACCUCGCCCUUCCCCAGCCGGGCGCCAGUGGUGGGGUCAACGGCAACGGACCCCAGCACCACCAUAUCCACCCGUAUCUUCUCCUCUAGCGCCACCGGCACUCCGUGACGAGCCACGCCGGCCGCCGUGCACGCGGCGAGCAGCUGGUCGGGCGGCAGGUGGGCGGCGGAGAGGCGGGAGAAGAAGCCGGUUCUCAGGCGCGGCUGCGGGGUCAGCAGGAGCUUGCUGGCUGGGGAAGGGCACCGGGGGGGUGUGGAGGGAUGGAGGAGAAUUAAGGCACGAGCAGCGGCGUCCGCCCCUUCGAAGUUGGGGAUGCGGUGGUGCACGGGUCUGGGGGGUCUCGCCACGUCGCGCUCCUCCAGCGCGUCCCACACGCGCUUCCGAAUCGCCCACUUCCACGCGCCGCCACUUUCGCCGCCAUUCCCCGCCGCAUCUCCCGCGGUCGCCGCCGCUGCGGGGGAGCUUUCCGCCAUUGCCGCGAGCUCCACCUCAGAUCGCGCCCUCAUCGCCUCCCGCGCCGCGGCGUCGAGCGCAAGCCGCCGCUCCUCAGACUCCGCCGCCGCGGCUGACUCGUCAGGCGCUACCCGCCGCUCCCCCAAUGCAAUCGCCGCGGCGGAAACAUCGUCGCCUCCUGACAGCGACACGAUCGAAUCGUCGCCGAAUUCCGCACUAGAUGCGCUCUGCGCGGCGUGCGCUGCUGAGAAUCCGGGAAAGGCGGCCUUGCGCUUCCGCGCGUGCGCAGAGCGGCGGGGAUCGCCGCCACGGAAUAAAUUGGGCAGCUUUGGCGGGGCGGGUUGGCGGAAGCAAUAAGGAGAAAGCUGCGCGGAGAGAACACGAGGAGGUGCGGAGAAAGAUAACACCGCAGGGGAUACCGGAGAGAGACGGGACGGAGUCACGAGUGCGCGCAUUUUGCGGCGAGAAUGCGGCUGCUAAGGACUCGGCUGGUAGGCGAGGAUUUUGGAGGUAGGGGAGAAGGUGCCUUGCUUGCUAGGCACCAAGGAACUUGCGCUACGCGGGCUGGGGGAAAUUGGGCGCCAAAAUUGUGCUACAGUGCAGUGGGAAAAUUUGUGCUGUAC